AUGCUUCUCGUCCUGUUGGGAACCUGCUUCUUUGCUGGUGGUGUCAUCGGCUAUGGAUGUGACGUUGCUUCAUUCUCGGAGGAACAACACGGAUUGGGUCGUCGAGUGUGCAAUCUCGAAAACGAAGUUGAUGCUCUUAAGUCUGCCGUUCAGGAGAUACUUCAACGUACAGAUCACACUUUCAAUAGCGAGCCAGCAAUGGAAAAGAGAAAAAACGAGUUUAUUCGGUUUGGAAAACGCAGUUUGACCGACGUUAAAAGGAAAAACGAGUUCAUCCGUUUCGGAAAGCGAAAGAAUGAAUUCAUUCGAUUUGGAAGAUUCGACUCAACCCUUGGAGGCAGUGAUGUAGUUGAGAAGCGCAAGAACGAGUUCAUUCGUUUUGGAUAG